AUGAGCUCUGGUCCCCUCAAAACCGGUCCGCCUUCGAGACUGGGCCAAGGGACAUACCCUCCGGCUACGGCGAACACCCAGUCGCUUCUUCUGGACAAGUUGCACGCGCGAACCUCAACCCCUGAUUCGGAGGCCCUCGUCAGCUCCGACGACGAAGGCGACCAUCGUCAGGAAUCCGCACAACAGGCCGCGCAACCCCCAAGGCCCGUUCGACGACCUUCGUGGUUAAACGAGACGUCGCAGUCACUCGGUCGCCCUCGCAAGGGGUCAUUUGCGAGCAGCUCUAUGUCUCCAACCGCAUCGCAUCCUAGUACCCCAUCGGCCGAGACCGGUGCCGGCACAUGGGGUUCGCAUUCUACUUCGUCCGUCAUGGGACGCGCCCCUCCUGGAUCUACCUUCCCUUGGGGCACUGGCAUAUGGAACAACGAGCGCAAGGAUCCGCCAUCAAGACUCAGUGAGGUUUUGCCUUCUCCGACUUCGACCAUGCCCCCCGGCGCUGGAGGCAACUCCUUCUUCGGCGGCGAGACGCAAACAUCUCCAGUGUCACGCGACCCCGCCUCAAACUCACAGAUACCUUUUGCGAUUCCACUCCACCCUACUCCCAAAACCUAUCGCUCGCAGUCAUACUCCGUUGGACAGCAAGAUCCUGAGACGAAUCCGGCGGCGCCAUCCAUGAGCUCCUCUGCCAUCCUUGGGCGCGCGCGCCACCCUGGGCAUCCUGCUCUGCAACAUCGGCCCUCCCGGCCUAGCAUGCUGAGUGAAAUGGCAAAUGAUGGAUCGAUGCUUGGAAAAGUCAAAGAAGUUGAAGACGAUGACGAUGAAAGCGCAAGCGAGUCGCUUCAAGGUUCUUUCCACCAAACUUCGGAGGCGAAGACUAUCGAGAUGCUUGCCAGGGAGAACGCAAUGCUUCGCCAGCAGCAGCAAUAUAAUGCUCGCAUCCGACCUCGCGCCGCGACAGGUGCGGCCUACGUUGGUAACGGCUACGCCCUGAGAGAAUCGGUGCCCGAAGAGUCAGACUUUGCCAUUGACGAGCUCGAUGAAGCCAACGAAUCGGGUGAAGCGUUGGCCAAGCGGGCCAUGAACAGACGCAUGAGCGAGUUUGGUCCAGGACCGAUGCGCAGUCAGUUUGCGAUGGAGAAUCGCAAGAAUGACAAUGCCAACUUGAAGAAGGCCCUUUGGUCGAGCUCUCUGAACUUCCCGAUCACAGAUAUCUCGCAGAGCAGGCGUCACUCAUUCGCCAAUAUGCCUACCCGUCAAGGAUCUAUCAGCUCUAUCCCGGACUCUGCCUCGGCACUGGAGCCUUCGGCCAUGGAGGCGCAGCAAGCCCAGGAAUAUCCCCCAGGAUAUCCCGAUCCUGCGAGCUUCGGGAUCGGCAAUAACGCUACGGCAUACUUUGGUGGAGGCGCCAACCUUGGGGGUGCGUUCCAGCCCGGCUUCAACAACCAAUACCCAUCGCCAUAUGGGCUUCCUAACCCAUACACGAACCGGGCCCCAUCUCCACACCGUAACGUGUACAGCAUCGCGCAGCCUCGACACAAUCAGCUUCUCCAUAUCGUCCUUUUUAAGUGCGCCCGAGCCGAUGUAUUUUACAUCCAAGAGGGCACUGGCUUGACUGUGAAACCAGGAGACCUCGUCAUUGUCGAGGCAGACCGUGGUACCGAUCUUGGAACUGUCGCCAAGGACAACGUUGACUGGCAGAGUGCCAAGGAUCUCAAGGAACACUAUGCGGAGGAGCAAUACAAGUGGCUCAUGAUGUACUCUCAAGGCGCAGCAGCUGCACAAGAAGGUGCUGGUGCUGGCCUUCUCGCCUCAUCCACCGGUCUUCAAGGGAGCGCUGUUGGAGGUAUGGGACCUCAGAAUCAACAUCACAUGCAGGAGCCGAAUGCGGGCGAGCUUCGGCCUAAGCUCAUCAAACGCCUUGCCCAGAGCCACGAAGUGCAUUCCUUGCGGGACAAGGAAGGUCAAGAGGCAAAGGCGAAGAGAGUGUGUAUGCAAAAGGUCAAGGAGCAUGGCCUCAACAUGGAGAUUCUUGACGCUGAAUUCCAGAUGGAUUGGAAGAAAUUAACGUUCUACUACUUUGCCGACAGCUAUAUCAACUUCAACUCACUUGUCACGGACCUGUUCAAGAUCUACAAGACUCGAAUUUGGAUGUCUGCUAUUAACCCUGCGUCGUUUGCCAGCCCAACUCUUGGCAUUCAAGCCCCCAGCGGCAUCGGUCCUGGUGCCGUAGGUGUCACGCGUGCCUCUGGUGGCAACGACCGUCGCCAGAAUCAGCAGGUACAAGAGCAGCAGCACCAACCCCCUCCCGCCUUUACCACUGGAUCUCGAGAUGGUCGUGGGUUCCGGCCAAACUUCACUCAGCCAUUUGGAGGUGAUCGGGGUCCCAGUCAGCCUUCUGGAUACCCGCCAUCCAAUUACCCAUACGGCCAAUUUGGAGCCUUUGGAAACCCCAGGAGCAACGUUCCCUACGUCCCUGGCGGCAGCCCCAAUAUGGAGGGGUUCCCUGGAGGGCCACUCCAGCAACCUGGCGACUUCCAGUCCAUGCGACACCGCUUCCCGAACCCGCAGUCUGGACCGAGUCCGACACCGCACUCGCAGGGAGCAUCACCCAUUGCUCCUCAGAAUGACUGGGUGGGAUCGUUCCAGGGACUUUCCCUCAAUACCCACUGA